CGCUUUUUCCCCCCGUUGAUUUAGGGUUUGAAGUUUCGCCAGAGGAAAGGGGGUCGGCGACCCAUCAGCGACGAUGAGCUCCCCCGUGCCGCGGAGCUCCACGAAGCCGACGCGGUUGUCUCCGUUCUUUCGAGACCUCGCCUCGCCCAUCUCUCCCCACCGCCGAUCCGCCGGCCAAUUCUCCGCGCCCCGCCACGGCGCUGCCGUUGACUCCGACCUCCCUCCUCCGCCCUUCUUCACGCUCGACGAUCGCGCGGAUUUCUCGCCCGAGGCCGACCUCCCGCCGCCCUCUCUGGUGUCCCCCAUCGGCGCCAGGAGCUGGGGCCAGAAGGGAUCGCUCUCGCCUUCCCCUUCCUAUUCAUCCUCUUCCCGCUUCCUUCCGACCCGAGCCGCGGAGGCGAAUGGCGCUGGUCCUUCCGACCGGCGUGGGAAGAGCCCUGAAGGCUCGAGUUGGGCGAUUUCGCCUGCCGAAAAUGGUGGGGAACGAGAUCCGGACCGCAGCUCGCCUGUAGAUGGGGUGGUUGAGCCGGGAGCGUUGAUUGUGCUUCCGCCGCCGCCGAGUAGGGAUUUACCGAGGCCUGAGCUGCAAGGACCUGUGGUGCUGAAUGGUGGCCUGGAGGCGGACACAUGGGUUACUGUUUUUGGGUUUUCUCCUGCAGAUACUAACUUGGUUCUUCGGGAGUUUGAAAAAUGUGGCCCCAUAUUAAAACAUGUACCUGGGCCCAGGAAUUCCAACUGGAUACACAUUCUCUAUCAGAAACCCUAUCAUGCACAAAUAGCUCUCAAGAAAAAUGGAACUCAGCUAAACAAUCUGUUGGUAGUUGGAGUGAAACCUGUAGACCCAAUGCAUCGCCAUCAUCUAAAGGAAUCGGCACACCAAAUCAAUCAAGGAGGCUUCAUGGUUUCAUUGCCCUCCAAGGUUGGCACUUUGAGUCGAUCAUCAAAUCAUGCAGAUAAGUCUUCGAAUUACAGUUCUGAUCAGAGGCACCACCAUUCAAAUGGAAUAAUUGCAACUCCAGCAAAUUCUCUUGUAUCCAAGGUUAUGGACUUGGUGUUCGGAAUGUGAGUGGGAGUUGUAAUAAUGCUCUUGCAUGAAAAGAUAGUGAGUUAUUGAGGCUUGGUUUUGUUAUGGUAAUGGAGUUUCUUGCAACAAUUUAUGUAGUUUUUCUUGCGAGUAUCUUGUGUUGUAUUAACAGUGUACUCAGAAUCACUGACCCAUUUGAGUUUAGCCUUUAUCUUUGCAAGA